ACUAUUGUGAGUUGAUAUUUUGAUGUGCAAUCUGUGCGUAUUACGUUUAAGUAGUUAAAUAGCUUUUUGUCCAUGUCAAUUGUUUAAAUGUCGUUCCUUAAGGCUUUAUUAGUAUUAAGUUUGAUAUACUCUACACAUUUAUGACUAUAAUCUACGAAUACUCUUUUUGGAUGCGGUAAUGCCAGGGGCAACUCACGAUUCAUUUGCUUGGAAUAUGAGCCUGGCCAGAGAAUUUCUGCAACAAAAAUAUGAUAGUGGGUCCGUGGAAGCUGGCUUCUUGGGGACUCCGGAUCCACUGGAACCUUUCGUUUUGACCCCUUAUCGAAGCCCAGCUGCAGGAACUGGUCAACAUUUGUUUAACCUUCGCCAUGCGUCGGCCAGAAAUGUUGUAGAAAGAACCAUUGGUGUUCUUAAGAGCAGAUUUCGAUCCCUUCGAGGAUGUUUGUUGUACCACCCCUUAAAGGUUAGCCGCAUUAUUAAUGUGUGCAGUGCGCUCCACAACCUUUGCCGUGAUCGCAAUGACCCGGAUUUCGAUGUUGAAAGGUACAAAAAUCAAAAUGAUGCGAUUGAGGAAGAUGUAAAUGAAGUAAAUAAUGGACCUUCAGAAGCAUCGAGUAUUCGAGAUGAAAUCAAAGCAACAUUAAGGCGCCGUUGA